GGUUGUUUUGUGCAAUGACAAACUUGAGGACACGACUCGUCGUCCCGAGACAAUCACAGGGAUCUGUGCAGUGAGCAGCUCUGGUGACGUAUAGUUAAGAGAACACUCUCUCUCUGUUCCAGUCGCGUUUCCUCAGAGCCAUGCGGUGGAAUCGGUGCCUCGACAUAGACUCAACGGACUGGUGCUAUGUCUGAUCUGGGGCGAAAUGCACGAGAGGACAAAGACGUGCAAUGGGUGUCUGACAGCCCAGGUCGAACUCGGGAGCCAUUACAGAGUCACACAUUCUCCCCGAAGAACAAUGCUGCAGGUCUGUCCUCGGAUGAACACGAAAACCCUUUAAAUGGAACCCAGCCGAAUCCAUUUGUAUACAGCGGGGUCCCCGCUGUUCCCCAUGCAGGCAAUUCAUUGCCUUCAGGAGCACUUGUUAAUGGACCUGGUUCACACCCCACCUCAGAGGUACACUGUGUCCUGAACAAAGGCACAGUUUUAUCCAACAAUGUCCUGUAUGCCGCGUGGCAAUCGGGGAAGGACACGAGCCCCGAGGUGUUACCACCACCUAGUGAGCUUCAAUCAGACGCUCGGAAGAACACAGCGGGGCCCGUCGUGAAAACACCGGCCACGCGGCCGGGUGUCAACGCGCCGCCGUCUCGCUCCGAGGACAAUGAGUCCAAACUGGCCCGUCCCGCAUUGUCGGGUGCGGGCGGCGCGGAGCAAAUGCACAGAAGCCAACCUUUGACAAAGCCGACCACGGAAACACGAUCUCGCCGGGGCGCGGAGCGGUCCGAGAGCUCCUCGGAUGAUUACGAGGAAGCCGAGUGGGAUUUAGCGAGGGAGUGCCUUUUGCGCGGCGACAGGAGGCUCGAGACCAGAGUGAUGCACCGCGGGGACGGGAAGCACAACACGCGUGCAAAAAGCACGCCGGGCUCUCUGGGAAAGGUCAACGGCAGCUUAAAUCACACGUGCAGAAGUUUGGGUUUCCUCUGCGGCGCCAAACGUGACGAUUCUUCGGGUGCCCGCUCUGAGAUCACAUAUUCCGCGGUGCCGCUCAAAGCUCUUUCCAGGAACACGGCGUCAGACUCGCAGCGCCGCAUUUACAGCGCGGCGGCGGCACGGCGAGGCUUUAAUGAGGGAAAUGAUCCCGAAGACGAAGACAAUCGCGGAGCCGAAGCGGAACCGUCGACGGCGGAGCGAGCGGAACGGGAUCCGCUUUCCUUCUCGUGCAAUGUUAAUUUCAAGGAGAGGAUGCAUUUCCAUAGACAUAUGAUGUAUCAUUUAGGCGAGAAUAAUCAGGGGAGCAGCGGGAACGCCUCGCAGCCCUUCGUAUGCGGGGAGUGUGGGCGUUUGUUCUGUGAUCGCGACUCCCUCGCGAGGCACAUCGUUAUUCACCGAGACGGGCUGGAAAAACUUCUGGAGGGAAUCGAAGAUCUCAAGAACACCAAACUGGAAGACGGGGCCGCCGCCGCGCCACGCCCUUGUUGCCCACCGGGUUGCGAUUGCCCUAAAAUGUCCGUCCAGCACGCCAAAACGCACGACAAUCUGAAGCACUACUACUUCUGCGAGGAGUGCGACUACGUUACGCUGACGCGGCAGGCGCUCGAGGAGCACCUGCUCGGCGCACACGUCAGCGGCCGCGGGGAAACGGCCCGCGUUCCGCGUUCGCUCGGUAGUUCCGAAAAGGUCGCUGACCGGCCCGAACCAAAUCGACACAAGUCGACCCAUUCCCCCCACCGUCCCGGCGGAAAAGGGGAUUUUUACGCUCAAGAGUCCAACGACCAAAGCGUAGCUCCUCCCCCCCAGUUUAAGUGCCGCGUCGGCUGCAUCGACGACGCGCCGCCGCCGUCUCUGUGGCGAGUCGACGGGCACGGGAAGUUACUCCCGCAGCCGACGGAGAAACCCGUCGUGGCAACCGAUCUCGCCCGCGUGGAGGAAGCCUCCGCAAACAGCGACGGCCGCCAGGCUUUUGGCAGCUGGAAGCAAACGACGUGUCCCGCGACCCUCGGUUUCUCGCCGUCUGCCAGAAAUCUUAAAUCAGAGCAGAUGUUCCGUCGGGGCGCCGGCAACGACCCGGCGAGCGGGAGCUUCCGAGCGCAGGCGAGCCAAAAUUCCCCGUCGAUGAGAAAAGUAGCGGCGCCCUCGCACAACACUGCCGACGAUACGAACGGCGGCGUUUCGCCGCGGUGUUGCCGGAGGCUCGCGAAACCGUCCGCGGAGGAAGGCUGCGAGGGCGGCGGUACAUGUAGCGAUGGCGCCGGCGGAGCCACGGGCGGCUUCUCGGAGAGCGAGAAUGCGAGGAACCCGUACGCUCGGAGGUACUUCACAAAGAGGCAGAGGUUUCCAACCAAAGGCCGAAGCCCCCGCGUGCCCGAGGAUGAAGAGGACGGAGGUGAAGACUGCAGUGACAUCGAGCAACUCGUCAUCAAGGAGGAGUACGUCGAGGCCGCGGCGCGUGGGGGUCCCCCGGGGUCGCCUCGUGCGUCUUCGGGGGAACGCUUCGACGCUUCCCCCACACCGGGGGCGGAGCACAAGCGCUGUCCCUACUGCCCGGCCCUGUUUGAGUCCGGAGUGGGCUUGUCCAAUCACGUGCGAGGCCACCUCCACAGGGUCGGCUUGAGCUACGACGCGCGGCACAUGGUCUCGCCGGAGCAAGUGGCGUCGCGGGACCAUCAGCCGCGGAUCCGCAGAAGGAUCCCCAGUGGAGCGAAGAAAAUGAGGAAAGCUGUGAAGCCAGAAACUCAAGGAGCGCACAAAUGUCCCCUGUGCUGGGGUUGGUUCGAUACCAAGACCGGCCUCUCCAACCACGUGAGGGGACACCUGAAGCGAAUCGGCGGCAGCGUCGCCGGCACCGGCAAGUCCCCGCUGGGCGGCCUGAACGAACUGCUGCGAGACGAGAAGGAGCAUCAGAGCGUCCUCCAGGUCCUCGGCGAAAGCCGAUCGGCCUCGCGGAUCGGCGACGGCGGCGUGGUCCUGAUGCGCAUGGGCAUCCCGGUGGGAAUCCAGUUGGAGAUGAGGAGUCCACGUCCCGCGUCGGUCGACGGCUUUGUGCCAAAACGGGAAGCGGAGGCCUUCCCGGAGACGGGGCUCCGCCGGCAGGUCGAAGCACAGAGUGUGGAGCUAACGGCGAGAAGCAACCUCCAAGCCCACGCCCCCAGGAAGCUCUGUGAUGUCACCAAAGACUGCACGGAGGAACCAAACGGGGCUCACGGGGAAUGUGAUUCAAAUGAGAUUUGUAUUCAGUGUGACGGCGCCUUCCCUGGGCUUCCCGGUCAUCUUCGAGCCUACGCACACGGGAAGAGGAUUGCCAUAUUUGAAGGACCAGACGACGAUUAUAAACCGAAGAAGCCGAGACCUGGGCUGAAGAAGAAGAUGCUGCCCUCCUUGGACGCCGAGAUUUACACGCUCACCUGCAGAUUCUGCGACCUCGUCUUCCAGGGUCCCUUGUCCAUCCAGGAGGACUGGAUCAAGCACUUACAGAGGCACCUUCUGCACACCGGCGUGCCCCACUCAGGGACCGGGAUGCUGGAGGUUCUGGGUCUCCAUCACAACAUGCACACGAGUGAGCGCCCAGAUCUCGAGUAGAGAACCUCCAGCUGCCCAACAUUUGCACAUUGUUUCUAUAAUCAUAGUUUUAGGAACAUUUAAGAGAUAAUCUAGACUAAUUUGAAAAUAGUAUAUUGAUAAUAUUGUAUAUACAUUAGCAAAAACUUUAUAUAAGAUAUUUAAUGCAAUGCUUUGCCUUAUAAAAUUAAGCUCAUCCGACUAGUAGGGUGGAUCUUGUAUUGACUGCUGGUUUACUGAAGCUGGUCUGGCAGUGCAGAACUGCCAUCGUUAGAAAAAACACAUUGUUCUCCUGUGUUUGUCACGAUAAAGAAAAGUGCCUUGUUAAAAAGCAUUUUGUUAUAAUGACAACAAAAAUAUCCAAAUAUCUCAAUUUCCUGUAACUUUUGAUUGUCGUAAAGAGAACACUUCUCAUUAUAAAAAGAAACCUUUUCUCAAUAGCUUACACUCUCCUUUUUCACGAGAAUUAUGUCUUUCUUUUCUUUUUGUCACAACAAGAAGUGUUAAAAGGAGCAUGCAUUGGCAAAACACACGAGCAUUUCAAUUGAGUUCACGCCUCGCUUUUCUUCUCGAGACGACAUGAAAUCAAACGGCGCUCCGGUUGUUAAGCAGUGUGUCGUUAAGCUUGGCGGCGUUUCACCUCCGCGCCGCCCGCAUCAGAGGGAGCGUCUCUUAAUCAAAGCCACGUUCAUUAUGUCGGGACGGCGUGUUCUGUCGCUGUUCGGCUGCUUAACCUUCACCCAUCAGCUCUGAAACCCGGCUCUCAUUACAGCCGCGAUGGCAAACAUCUUUUUAUAAUGAGGAAUACUCUCGAGUUAUAACAAGAAAACCCAUCCAGUUAUAACAACAACAACAACAACAAUGAAGUGUUGCUGGAAUCAUGUAUGUUCUCAUUGUGGCAGCUCUGUAUCUCCGUAAAGCUCGGACUCAAAAUGGGUCGUUCUUGGUUGGGUCGGUUAUUUUUUUUUUUUUUAGAGUAACACUGGAAGACUUUUUCCUUCUUUUUUUUAAGCACAGAGACAGUUUGGCCUAUAUUAUUUUUCUUUAAAGUUACAUAUAGA